CUACACUGUGAUUCCUUCAAAUCAAAGCAAGAAACUUUUCAGAAAUCUUUGUGUGAUUAGGGCGCAUAUAAUGGGAAUAUAUCAUCACCAUGUCCUAGCAGCAAUUUACGUGUUUGUAACUAUGGCAUGCAGCGAACAUUUGGUGAAAUCCGACCAGCUUGGAGAGCAACGAAUCAGAGAAUGUCACGGUAGAAACGAAGAUUGUUCAGCUGAAGGACAGAAAGGGGGGAAAGACAAUAUUCUGCUACGUUUACCGCGAAUCGAAGGAGUAAAGGUAGGACAUACCCAAGAAAUGGAACUAACAAAGGGAAGCAAGCACACUGUGAGAACUCUCAGCUUAAAGCCACCAGUGUUUGAAAUUCCAAACUUCUUCACCGAUGAAGAGUGCGAAAUGAUCAUAGACUUGGCUCUGGAAAAAGGUAUGAGCGAAAGUCCGCCGAGCCAAGACACUGACAAGAGUGCUGACAAAGAUCCUUGGGAAGAGAAGAUAAAGGCCUGGGACAGAAAUAAAAAUGGAUUUAUCGACAAGACAGAAGUUCUUAAUUUAGCUGGAAAAAGAAAUCUUUAUUUCACAGAAGAUGAUGUUCUAGAAAUGUUUAAAGCUCUAGACUUAGACGAAGACCAAGACGGUACGUAGAAAGUAAACUAUCUACCAUUUAAAGACAUGUUCUAAAUACACCUGGUUUUUGUAUCAUUAGAUCAUGACUGAAAUUUCGGUAAGAUCCCGUAAUGAGCAUAAAAAAGCGCCCGUUCUCAAAUUUAGAAGGCUUCUAUCGACGCAAGAAAGUUUAAUCCCUUUCCCCAAGGUACGCGAUAGGGCCAGAUCGACGCAAGAUAGCGGCAGAUAAACCUUAAACG